UCAUGAACUGUCUUCAAGGGAUCUCCGUAAAUAUAGAUGAAAUAGUAAAGAACCAAUGUGAAAUGAAAGACUUACUUGAAGCAUCUGGAGUGAUUAAAGAUGGCAUUGGCGCAAAUGAUCAAUUAUUCACUGAGAAAUAUAAUAUCUGUUUUCCAAUGCGUAUCAAACAAGAUCUAAAUGCAUUACAAGAAAUGUUAAAAACUAACGACAUUUGCCGUCGCGAUUUUAAGGCUUCCUUAUAUUUCUUGGUCGAUCGGCAAUUGAAUAUUAACAAAAGUGUUACAAAUAUCAUUAAAAAAUUAAUGACAAGGGAGCUUGCAUUAAUAUGCACAGCACAAAAGAAAAUUGAUACUAAAAUUGUUUUAAAAGAAACUCCGAUCUGUAACUGCAUUAUUGGACAACACUGCCCUGCAAACCAGGGCCUAGAUAGUUUUUCAAUAUUGGGCCUAGAUAGUUUUCCAAUAUUGGACCUAAAUAGUUUUCCACUAUUGGACCUAGAUAGUUUUCCAAUAUUGGGCCUAGAUAGUUUUCUAAUAUUGGGGCUGGUCAUUAUUGCCGUUACCGCCCAGUAUAACCCCAGACUAGCCUUCCAUCAUAGCGCCUAUAUAAACUCAUGGAAAACUAGGAUUCAGGAGUAUUGUGGGAGAUUAGAAGAAAGUGCUCAGGACACCGCGCAUAUUACAUGCCAAAAGAGUAAAUUGGAGGUGGAACAAUUUCUUGAAAACUAUCAACCUCGGAAGACGAAGGAUAUUGAUAUGGAGAUAACGAUUACGGUUACCGAUGAUCAGAAGAUAGUAGCAAGACCAAGACGUUUACCAUUUCCAGAAAGAAAAAUAGUGGAAGAACAGGUCGAACAAUGGAUUGACGACGGAAUAGUAGAACCAUGCUCCUCUGGAUAUGCCAGUCAGGUAGUUGUCGUGAAGAAAAAAGAUAGAACACCAAGGCGCAUAUGUAAUGCCCUGAUUAACCUUGAUUCGCUCAAUGCCAUUAGCGAAUCGAAUAGAGAAGAAAAUGCAGAGGUUGACGACGUGCAAAAUAAGGAAUCGAGUGAAGACGAGGAAGACGAAGGACGACGUGUGCUCUUCCGAUCUGUGAACGCAACUACACAGGAAAGUAUACGUGCGUUAAAAUUACCGAAAAUUGAACUGAGAAAGUUUGGCGGAGAAAUUAAAGAUUGGCUUCCGUUCUGGAGCUCAUUUAAAAAGAUUCACGAAGAUACAGCGUUAACAAGAGAAGACAAAUUUCAGUACUUGGUACAGUCCACAGUAAAAGACUCGCGUGCAUUCGAAGUAGUAAAUAGUUUUCCGUUUACAGCAGCUAAUUACGAAAAGGCUAUUCAAAGUCUUGAGUCACGUUUCGGUAAGAAAGACUUAUUAAUCAAAUUCUAUGUUCGUGAACUCUUGAAAUUGGUUCUAAGCAAAAGCAAAAAUGUGUCGCUCAUGUCUAUUUACGAUAAAUUGGAAACACAUAUCCGAGCGCUAGAGACAUUGGGUGUAACGACGGAUAUGUGCGCUGCCAUGUUGUUUCCUUUGAUAGAGUCCUCCUUGCCAGAGGAAACUCUACGGACAUGGCAGCGAACUAUGACGCAGUUAAUUACUCAUGCUGAUACAUCUGUUGUGAAUCUCACAGCAAAGGAUCGUCUUACUAGUCUAAUGACUUUUCUAGGAAGACAGGUCGAAAGCGAGGAACGCAUUCAAAUGGCUAAAACUUGUUUCGCCGAUGACAUCACUGAAGUUCAAGUAAAUAAAGACAAAAGUAAGAAGAAAGCGAAAGGCGAUCAAGGUCGAGAUCCGGAUGUAGCUACUGCGGCUGGUCUUCUGUCCGUAAAGGGAACGAAAUCACAACAAUGUCUAUUUUGCGGAGAAAAUCAUGAUAGCUCGAUUUGCGAAAGAGCUAGGAAUAUGAACAUGGAUGACAAAACAAAAAUUAUAAAAGAUAAACAAGGCUGUUUCAAAUGCUUGAGAACAGGACACAGUUAUAAGAGAUGUCGCAGCAAAGAAAAAUGCCCGUGGUGUGGAAGAGGACAUUGCCUUUUGAUGUGUCGAGAUUUGGCAAGUAAGAACGAACCGAAACAAACCAGUGAGAAAAACACUCCGGAGCAAGGUUUUAAUGAAGGAAAUAGCUGUCUCACUAACGUUUUGUCAAGUGCCAAAGUAUUUUUACCCAUAUUGAGAGUUAAGAUGCGUGGUCCGAAGGGUAUUGUGAGUGUUCGCGCUGUCAUCGAUACCGGGUCUCACAGGUCUUAUGUUUUAGAAAAAGUAGCAAGAGAUCUUGGAUAUGAAGCUGCCGGAGAACAAACUAUGAUACACUUACUCUUUGGUGGAGCCAAGACUAAGCCUCGAAGACAUAAAGCUUGCCGUAUCCAUGUUAAUGAUAUAGGCGAAACAUACAGAUGCGAUUUCAUCGCCUUGCAACAAGAUGUAAUUUGUCAAGCUGUUCCCAGGGUAACCCGUGGUCCAUGGAUGGAUGUACUCAAAGAAAAAGAGGUACAUCUAAGUGAUACGGGCGAAGACAAAGAACCCAUUUCAUUGUUGAUUGGAGCAGACGUCGCUGGAAAGAUUUUUACGGAUAAAGUUUUUCAAAUCAACCAAGGCAUAACGGCUUUCGAGACGAAGUUUGGUUGA